GCGUAGUCGUUGGUUCGUAGUCGCGGUGUCGAGUUCAGAGUUAGUCAGUCAGUAUUGUCGAGCGUAAUUGGUUGCGUUUUUCUGAAUCACCGAAAUAAUAAUAAUAAUACACAGCAAACAUACAGUUUUUAGCCAUUGGCAGCAGCAGCAAACUGCAGUGCAUUAGCGACAGUGGCAGUGCAAUUGCGAUAUAUCGUUAUAUACUCGAGACCCCAGGGGAAGAAGAGCGAGACCGUAUUCGCAGAACACGACAUCGCAGAUCAGCAAGAAGGACGAGCAAAGUAACAAAAAAAAUCGGAACGAAGAAGCUUAGCGAGUUACACAUAACGUUUGGUCUAUUUUGCCUAAUCUUUGCCAAUCUGCAGUAACGAUCCGUAUAGUUUAGUGGUUCUGCUACGACGCAAUCACUGAGAAGUGGGAUAAUUAGGAUUUGUACGGUUAAUUCGGAACGUGAGAGUGUUCGUGGUACACAGAAAACGGGUUUGAGAAAAUUGUCUAUUGAAUUUUUCUGAUCCGGCCGAGCGGGUUCAUACGCUAGUGGCAGAUUGAGGCGAAGAAAUCGAUCGGCUGAAUAAACUGUGAAGCAACGACAAAAAAAACUUGCUUUUCGAAACAGGCUGGCAAAUCCCAUCAGAGGGAACCCGCGAAUCAACCAGCUGGAGCGAUCAGUUGUUGCUGUUCUGGCUAUUACCGUCAUCGAUCGUAACUGCGCGUUGGAGUUUGCGAGCCGCGUUCUCCGCGUAGGUGUCAAGUGACGAUUCGGUUGAUUUUUACUUUUAGUUUAUCUUCCGUUGACCACAUUGUCGAUUGUGAUUUCCUCCUCCAGAGUGACUAACGGUGAGUCGUGGAAAAUCAGCAAGACAGUUUCUUGGUGCGAGUGUCGUGUGUGUGUGUGUCUGCACCCACGAACCAGUGCCAGCUGUGUGUAGGACGAAAUUCCGAGACGCUUCAUUCGUUCGUCGAAUCGCAUUGACUACUUUUUCUUUUUUUUGUGAAUUUUGUGACUGUCGUCCGAUCGUGUGUCGGAAAAUUUAAAGAGAAACAAGUGAAUUCGAAAGUGUGCGCUUUUAUGCACCCGCAGUACAAGUGAUAACAAUUGAAAUCCAUUAGCUGGAGAACGGGUUUUCUUGUGUUGCAUCUCCGGAUUCGUCGAAAAGGGAGCAACCAAUAGCCAGCAAAAAAUAAAAAAUCGAGGUUUUCGAAAUUUGGUUCGUUUGGAAAAAAGAAGUAAAAGAAGAAGAAAUCAUACGCAGAUCGUAUGUACAAAUAGAUCGGUGUGCUCGAAGAGGUAAAUUUGUAAUUAGUACCCCGCCAGGAGCUCGACUUCUUUCAGUUUUCUUUAGUUGUUUUCUUCGCUCGAUUCAUAAUAAAACGUAGUCACACCGUUGACGUCCCCGACGUUGCGCCGCGCCUCCGACGCCGAACCGCCGCGCCUGCUGAGUGAGUGAGAAGAAGUGAGGUCGCUCGGAAGCAACGAGCAACCGAAGAAAACACCAGUUUCGAUAAAAUAUAUUGUAUAGCAACAAGAAGAAGAGGAAAAAUAAAUAACAUCGUAGGCUUUGUGUGUGCAAGCAAAGCCCAACCAGCGCCCAUCGAACAGCCGCUGCUUUGUGUUUUUCUUUUAUUUUUUUCCUGUGGAUCGGAUAAACAAAAAUUUGUUUUCAUGAUAUCUGCUUGGAUAAAUCCCUAUAAUGAGAAGGUUCGUACAUCUCUGAGCUCACCUUGAUCUGCCAAAUUACGCAAAUCGUCCAAACUAACGUCAUCCAUCUUCAUCAGCAAACAACGUCAUCGUAUAUGGGAUUGUUUUUUGUCUUGUUCUAUACAUUGUUACAUUGUUACCGUGUGGAACUCUAAAAGUUCCCGACUCCCACAACCCACGGAUCAUGGACGGCUACCAUGCGCAAACUCAGGACAGUAACGGCACCUACUACCAUCACAACGGCACCUACCAGAAGCACAGCCAACAGUCACAUCAAUACCAUCAGCAGCAGCAGCAGCACCCACACCAUCAACUACCGCCACCCCAGUUGUAUCCCAAUCAGAACCAUCAACAUCACACCAAUAACAACAACAACAACAAAACCAACAAUUCCAUCGGCUACACGACACUAAACUACGCCCACUCGGAUGCUGGCUUCGUAUCGCCUCCUCCGUCGCCACGUUCCAACAGUUCGCUAGUUUCCUGUGCCUCCUCAUCCUACUCGUCGGCUUCAUCCUCGGUUUCCUCGUCCUCGUCGUCGGCCGUAUCCUCGGCAGCGUCCACCUCGUCCGGCCUGUCGUCGGCGGGUUCGGAGAAUGGUUCGUCCUACGAAAAUCUAGACAAUUCGGCCCAACGGCUUGCAGUGCUGUCGUUCGAGCAGAUCAAAAAGCUUAACGAUGUGAUGAACGAACCGGUUGCCAUCCAUGGCCGAGGAAAUUUUCCCACGCUGGAGGUUCGGUUGAGGGAUCUGGUCAAUAUGGUGCGUGGAAAGUUGGAAGCCGAAGUCGGUUCCGGUGGAGCCGGUAUGACUGUGAAGGAUAUUCGGAUUAACGGAGGCGCUGCUAGUCACGUGCUGGCUUCGGAAGCACAGCCAUACAACGAUCUGGAUUUGAUUUUUGCUGUGGAGUUUAGCUCCAAUCGACACUUUGAUCGAGUCAAGUCAGCGGUUUUGUCUUCGCUGUUGGAUCUGCUGCCCGAGGGGGUCGUGCGAAGGAGGAUAACUCAGUGUUCGCUAAAGGAAGCCUACGUCGGCAAGAUGGUGAAGGUGAACAACGACGGUGAUCGCUGGAGUUUGAUCUCGCUGGGUAAUUCGCCAGGACACAAGAACGUCGAGCUGAAGUUUGUCGAUACGAUGCGUCGACAGUUCGAGUUCAGCGUUGAUUCGUUCCAAAUUGUACUAGACUCGUUGCUGCUGUUUUACGAUUGCACCGAACAGCCAAUGAUCACGGAAAAUUUCUACCCGACCGUCGUUGGAGAGUCGGUGUACGGCGAUUUCCAGGAAGCUUUGUAUCACUUGCAGACAAAGCUGAUAUCGACGAGGCAACCGGAGGAGAUCCGGGGCGGAGGUUUGCUCAAGUAUUGUAACUUGCUCGUGAGGAACUAUAUUCCAGUUGAUCCGCAAAAGAUCAAAUCCUUGGAGCGUUACAUGUGCUCACGGUUCUUCAUCGACUUUCCGGACAUUGAGCAGCAGAGGAUCAAGUUGGAGAGUUAUCUGAGGAACCACUUCUGGGGUGAAGUAGAAGAACAUCUGCAGUACCAGUACCUGAUGCAUUUAUAUGAGGUGGUGGAGCAGAGUACGGUCUGUCUGAUGGGUCACGAGCGUCGCCAGACAUUGAUGCUGAUCGAGUCGCUCGCGAUGCAGGUUUUGUACCGUGAACAACAGCAGAAUCCAGCCACCAUCAUUACCACCACGAGUGCGCUGCAACAGCACACAGCACUACAGCUACAGCCGCUACAGACCCAGCUCUCCCAUCUGAGCUUACAGCCUCAGCCACACUCACCAGUUCAGCAGACUGUUAUCCACCACCACCACGCGCAGACAGCGCCCCAGACGCAAACCCUGCAACUGCAACAUCCGCAUGCGCAUCAUCAACAGGGUGGUCAAGCUCAACCACAGACUAUCUCCCUUGCACCCCAGCCCGCUGGUCUCCUCUACGCUAAUGGAAUCUACUACGCUCCAGUCAUCCCAACGACGCUGUGCACCUGCAACACGACGUGGUUAACGACGUGAUCGCCUCCCGAGACGCACGCCACCACCAGUAGCAGUAGUAGCAUCAAUACCACCACAACUACAACCACCAACAACAAUAAUAGCAACAGCUGUAGCAGUAGUACUUCAUCGCCACCACCGCUGCUAGUGGGAUCGAUCAUUAGCUUCACUACCACACCGAUAGUGGCAACAUUUGACCAGCAGUCGACGUCACACUCAUCGUCAUCGCCGGCACCGGUACCGUCGUCGUCGUCGUCGUCCAUCUGCAGUACUACCGAGCACGAUUACUAUGCACUCGAUAACCACAGUCGGUAUUUUACCAGCAUUUUAGUGUCAGAUCGAUGAUUACUAGAACCGUAAGUGAGCGAGAGAGAGCAUAUUUCCUGCUUUCUGCGGUUUAUAUUUAUGAACACACACAUGCUCUCGAGUUGCAUCUAAUGUGUAGUGUUAAGGUGUUGGAAACGUUCCAGUUUGAAACUAACACCAUAUUCAGGAUCGAAAAUUAUUUUAAAGCGUAUCUCGCAACCAAACAUAAACAUUGCACUGUCUAUGUGAAUGAAAAUUUAAUCUAACUAACCUAAGUACAAUCGAUUAGUGGUUGGAAGCUCUUGCCAAAGACGAAAAUGUCUCAAUGUGAAUACAACUCUAAUACAAACUAAAUUCGAGGAUAAUAGAGCUACAAAAUGGCCACCAUCAAUGUGAGCUGAAACGUCAAAAUUUGUCAGAAAACAAAUCACCGAAACAGUGGCUUCGCCAGAAGUAGGCAUCUGCAAUCUAAAUUUGAUUUCAAUUAAACUUUCAUAAAGCAAUAUUGCAUUUUACCUUCGAAGAUCUUUUUUCAUUUUGAUUUGGAUACCUUCCUUACAAAUACACACACACCAAACUUGUGCAUCUGCUCCUGAGCACAAGCAUUUACGUGAUAGCACAAUGUCAUCUACGGGAAACAAUGCUAAAAACAUCGCAUGUUAUGCUAACAAGUGUACAAAAUUGUAAAAAUAUUUAAACAACAAGUGUGAAUGAGCGCGCGCGUCAUGGCUGUAGACAGAGCCCUAUUUAAAACAACAUUUUUAAACCUCUGCGUGUGUCGAUUACCAAUACAAACCAGUAUCAAUGUUUUUUUCUCUCUCUGAUAAUAGAUAAAUAUAAUCGGUGUAUUUCGCAGACUGUACAUAACGUAAAACGAUAACAUACAAACAAUUACCGAUAUGGUGCAUGAAGCCACUAAUAAUAAUACUGCGACAACAUCAAAUUUGUAAAUUAAAUCAUAACAACGUGAUUGUAAGGUUCGACCCGGCUGCUACUGGUUCCGCUGAAAAUAUCGAUGAAUAUUUGAUUUUAUUCAAUCGAACCGAUUUAGGGAACAUAUGCAGUGUAGAGCCGAAAGGUUCCCACAAUAUUAAGCAAUUUUAACCUGUAGGUGUUCAAGAACGAGCAAAACCAGAAAUUUUCCUUCCUUGGUUGGUAGCCGAGUUCCUUCGAGAAGAAAACGAUUGAAAGAAUGUUACCAAUUUCUGCGGAACGCCACUGUUUUUCGGUGAAUCGAACCAAAAUCAAUCUAAUGGUAAUAACCUGCGAAAUCGCGAACGCACGGGAUUCCGUUCCGUUCCGAUCCGAUCCUCAGCAGAAGAGGCAAGUGCUGCCGUUGUACCGUCGCUUGGGUUAGGGCCCCAAUUAAAAUGUAAUUAUGUAUUUCCAUGGAAAUUAUGCAAUUCAUCCGCGCGCCACUGACUACACUGCCACGGUCGUGAUUGUGGUGUUUUUGGGUGGAGGGAAAAACACAACCGAGUCUAAUUAUAAUUUGCGAAAGAAGGACGGACUCAGAGAGAGAGGGUGGGGAAGUUAUUUAAUGUGAACGUUUGCCUUAAUUUGCAUACUGACCGGAACUGAGAGUGAGGAAAGUCGAUCGGAGUUGGAUUGGCAAACGUUUUUUUGAGUCCUUCAAUAUAAAGCAGGUGUGAUAUAAGAAGGGUUUUGGCCCUGAGGUUUGAUUGGGUGAUGUUACUAUCACAAUAGAAAUCAGGUAAUAAUAAAAGUUGGUCUAUAACAAGGUCCUAGCAUGUGUCAAUAUUAUGUGUGUGGUGAACAGAGUUAAGUACGAUUCACACGAUACAUCAGGCUUCCGUCACCGGUACGGAACGUCAACGGAACGUCAAGAUUAGUUACAUGCAGCAUUCACACACAACAUCAACGACACGGAACGUUUUGACGUACGGCACGUGUGAACGGGCUCAAGAGAAAAGUAUUUAACUUAUCCUGACGGAACGGUGACGUUCCGUUGACGUUGACGGAAGCUGAUGUAUCGUCUGAAUCGUCCUUUAGCGUAUAAAAGCUGACGAUGGUAAGAGAAUAAUGUCAUUUGACAGUCAGAAAAAUAAGAAAUUACUCCUCUCACCUAGGAAAAUCUUAUUUGAUUCACACAUAUGCGUCGGUGUUAUCCGAAAUGAAAGGUUUCAUGAUUCAUUGAGAGGGAUUAUUGUAUACGGAAUACGGAUGUCUAGAACGAGAGAAGAUAGAGAUUGAAUUAUCGUCAGAAAAACUCCUCGCGUAAUUGCAAAAUUUGCGUAUAUAUCUGGAGACUACCUAAUUUUAUUUACAGCAAUCUGAUAGUAGAGACGUCGAAAAUGCGAAUCAGUCAGGACAUCCGCCGAUUACAGUUAGAGCCCUCUAGAUAGAGUGCGGCAAGGAAGCGGAUGUAUCCAAACCGGUAGAAACUGGACGUACCUACAAAAAAAAUGCGAAAGAGAUCUGCUUGUUGAGUUGUGUUCUGUAACCAUUCGAAUACUUGGUUUGAUGGCCAAGUUGUUCCUCAUUUCUGAUUUAUUUUUUGUUCAAAUGGAAGGAUUAUCCGUGAAGGUAAAAUCAGAAUAGGAUCGUAAAACGGAGACUUCUUUUUAGUGAAACAUUCAUCGAUGUUAUUCAAAUCAUCACAUUCUUGUUUGAUUCCGAUGGAACAUCGCUAUGUCGCACAGUGGAGUAACUGGGGUCGAAUAUUGGCCAAAAUUAUUUACUGUUGCUAUUUUGAGUUAUUGUGCCUUAAUAUGAACUAAAAAUAGGUAGCUUGUUUUGAGUACAGAUUUGCAUUUAUCCAACUACCAGUGCAAAACCGGUUUUCUAUAUCCCUCCGAAUGCUAAAUAAUUUCAAAGGGAUCUGCGUGAACACAUUUUUAUCCAGUAGCACAUACAGGUGAUCAGUACAAAAGGGCGGUGGGAAGGGACGCGUGUGCUAAUAUUCAUGGAGAUACCUUUUUUCCAAUCAUGGUAUUUCGCCCUACAGCACGAGCCUUACAUUGGCAAACAUUGAAAUAUUUUCAGAUUACUUGAAUUUUCUGGUUCGGACAAGAUUGGAUGAGUACUCAUCUUGCAAUCAUCAAUACUGCUUCAGCAACUUACCAUGUUAAUCAAUAUUUUCGGACUCAGUUAACGUCAAUACACAAAUUAACUUUUGUUCAAUAAUCUUUUAAUUUCAUAAUAUUUUAUUGAGUAGACUGAUAAUAAAACUCUCCAAAUUUUCUUCAAUCUUACUAUAAUCACUAAAAUUUAUGGCCUAAAUCGAAAAGUGCCCGACGUCCGUCAAAUCCGGAUGCUUUGUUAUGGAGCUAACAAAGGUCAUUACCGUGUAGUAAUUAGUGAACAGAGAUCGGUGAUGAAUAAACCAAAGAGCAGUGGCCCUAAGUGUCUCCCUUGAUUGAAGCCUACAAGCAUUCAAGUUAGAUCUUAAACGUGUGCGGUGCCAGUGCUAAUGAAAGCAGCUGUCAGUAAAUAAUGUUAUGGAGUUCUCAAAACUUUUACUAACUUUGUGAGCUUGGAAUAGGAAAGUUUUUAAGAGAUUCUACCCUUUGUUUCGAUCUGUAAUUUGUACUGUUUGUUGUGUAAAUUCGUCAUUCAUGACUUUUAGGGCAAGCACCAUAUUGAGGUUAUCUCGAUAUAUAAGCUUAUAUUAUAUAGGCUUCUACUAAGAAGAAACGUGAAGAACAACGUCUCCAUUCAGCUUUGUAAAAAAUUAGCAAUAUGCAAAAAAUAUGGAUACAAUGCUGUUCACGUUGUUCUUUAAAGUGUUAUUUUGAUGUGAACUAGUUGACACUCAUGAUUUGAAACUUUAACUUCGGAAAUAUUCGUUGACGCAUUAAGAAAUGUUGAACUUGCACAUCAGAAGAAUCUAAACUGCAGUUCAUUUUUACAAGGACAGUGUAAUUUGUCCAAUUAUUCGUCAAUAGCUACAUAUUAAGCUCAGUUUUCUAGAUCGAGAAUAAUAUAUUUUCCGUCAGGAUGGUGUGCUCCUCUCACCCUGUCUUUGUCGUCGUUGACAAUUUGGCAUAAAAUAUAUAAAAUAUAUAAAAUACUCAAUGCAUUGAAACCUUUUAUCAAAACUUAUGUUGAUUGCGAUUUAAAUGCAGAUUUAAAGGACUGCUCAUGCUUAUAAAAGGAGUCAAACCCAAUGUUUUACAGUUUUAUUUAGCACGUAUACGUAUUCGAAAAAAAGAGAAAACUGUUUUUCGUUCGCCAGUCACCAUUCAAUCCUCUUAAACGAAGAUGUUGCGAACUUAAAGCUAUUUUGCUGUAAGACGACGGCAACUGGGAGAUCGCAGAGAACCCCGAUGAUGAUGAUAAUGAUGAUGUGCUCAAUACUCUUUUCUGGUAGCCAUGGAAGUCACUCCGGAAUAAACAGAAGUAAAAGGUCUGUUCCAGUACCAGGAGAAACUGGAAGUACUCCGGAGAAAAUCGUUCCUGUACUCUCUUCUUUUCUUUUUUCUUCUUCUGGUAGCAAACCGGAGUAAAAAGGAGCAAAGAUUUUUUGCUCCUGUUUUCUCCGGAGUGACUUCCAUGUACUGGAACAAACCUAAAAAAUACUUGCUUCUUUUUACUUCGGUUUGCUACUAGAAGAAGAAAAAACAGAAAAAGAGAGUACAGGAACGAUUUUCUCUGGAGUAUUUCCAGUUUCUCCUGGUACUGGAAACCUAUUGUUAUACUGUAUUCCUUUUCUUUGAAAAGGGCCAAUAAGCAUACUGUCAAAAUUCACUUUGAGAGGAAAUCGUGGACAAUCCAUUAUUAGCCGACGAAAGAGAAAAGUUUUCUUUUUCUUAAAAUGUUAAUACCAUUCUCGGCGAGCUACGGUUUGUCAGGAAUUUUCUCUCAAAGUGAAUUUUGACAGCAUGCUUAUUGGCCGUUUACAAAAAAACACGCGAAAUAUGCAUUAUACCGCCUACUGAGACGUCCAAAAAAAUGUUUCAAAAUCGUUCAACACGGGUCCAACGAUGGACGUUUGUUGAACGGUUAUUUGAACGUUGUCCAAAUUGGUCCAACGAACGUCCUUCAUUGGACGAGGGCGAAGACUACAUACAGUGAAAAACCGUUUUUAUCAGCCCCUUGGUAAAUUUUAGGCUGAAAAACGGGAACAUUGAUAAAAUCGGGACAUAUAUUUUUCUUUCUUUUUAAGAAACCGAAGCUCUUAAAAUAUUCUUCUUUAAUCCCUAGUUAUAGCCUCAAACCUUUAUUUAAAUUAAACUUCCCUUAGGGGGUCUGACAGCGCAAAAUAAAAAAAAAUUUUUUUUUGCUUGUUUCGGAUCUGUAAGAUAAGAAAAAUAUGCUCUAGAAAGGAUUUGCUCGAAUUCAACUUGGUUUGUCGGCUAGAGUCCAUCAAACUACCAACUAUCAAUUUUCAUAUGAAGCUGAUAAAAUCGGGGGCUGAUAAAAUCAGGUGCUGAUAAAAUCGGGUCUUCACUGUAUUAAGAAGAUUAAUAUUUCUUUCCUUCCACCAUACAAAUGAGAAGCGACAGAGGUUACAGCUUAAUGUAAAAGUGUAUAUGCGUGUGUGUGCAUCACUAUGGGAAGUACCACCUUUACCCGCAAGUGGCAUUGAUGUUACUGUCUUUAGGGCAUGUUCAGGAGUGUUUCAUUUCUAGAUUCAUAAUUUUGACAGUUCUAUAAAAUAAAACUGAAAAUUUUAAAACUAGAACUUGCUGUCCCCAGCAGCAGUUUUUGCGGGUGUUCCAUUCAGUUUCAAAUUUAUGUCUCGCAAUGCCUUUAGCGUUGCUGCAUUCAAAUUUAUUUUUCCCCGGUCUAUCGGGUCUAAGUGUCUGUGCUGAGUACUCUCCAUGUCUCGACAAACAUAUGAUUACGGCCUAAAAGCCAACUGUCAAAAUCCACUUUGAAUGGAAAUUCCGGACAAACCGUUACACGCCAAUCACAGAUGUUGGUAGUAAACGAAAGAAAAAAGUUUUCUCUUUCAUAAACUGUUGCGAACUGUGUUCGACUAGUAACGGUUUGUCUGGAAUUUCCAUUCAAAGUGGAUUUUGACAGUUGGCUUUUAGGCCGUAAUCAUAUGUUUGUCGAGAUGUAUUUAAAACACAGUUCUAAACAUGUUUUAAAAUCAGGAACAAAUAGAACGGCGUCGUAUAACAGUUUUAAAUUUUGAAACAAAACUGUUCGAAAUUAUAAAACAAAACGCUCUGCUGGAUAUGUGAAUGUUUCAGUUCCAGUUCUACUUUGAAACUCCUAUACAAAAUAAAACGCUCUUGAACAUGCCCUUAGAUUGUGGACAGAGUUGCCAGUCUUCUUGAUAUGCAGUUUUCGAUUAUGCUCAGGGAUGCCAUGUAUAUUUUUCAAAUGUCUUCACAUUUCAUUUAUCAACAUUUAUUAACAAAUGUUUUCACAUUUCGACCAGGAUACUGAAUCGGUUUGUGAUUUUGAGCCACAAAGCAGUCAGACAUCCGGGAAAAUUUGUCUUCAAAAUGAACCGUCUUUGCAACAUUUCAAAUGUCUUCAAAAUGAAGACAUGUCUUCACAUCUGGCUUGCAUUCCCAGUAAACUAAAAGGGGGCCCAUAUUAUUGGCUCGAAUCAAAACUCGACGAAAUGUCAAUUGACGAUAGGUUCAUCGGGAGUGUUCAUUUCUCGACAAACAUAUGAUUACGGCCUAAAAGCCAACUGUCAAAAUCCACUUUGAAUGGAAAUUCUAGACAAACCGUUACUAGUCGAACACAGUUCGCAACAGUUUAUGAAAGAGAAAACUUUUUUCUUUCGUUUACUACCAACAUCUGUGAUUGGCGUGUAACGGUUUGUCCGGAAUUUCCAUUCAAAGUGGAUUUUGACAGUUGGCUUUUAGGCCGUAAUCAUAUGUUUGUCGAGAUUUGUGUUUACAUUUUGCUAGCGUUGCCAAUUUUAUUUUGUGUCCAUCACCCAUCCCGGACUGAAACUAGGGAUAGCCCCUAUGUUUGAGUAAGCCGGGCAAAUGAGUGGAUCACUGGUUCGGUUGCUUCCGACGGCGAUCGGUGGACACCUCGCCGUAAUUUGCCGUUUACUGUAGAAGUAGUGUGGUUUACAGCAGGCGUUAUUUGUGUGCAAAGGUUUGCCCACAGUGAAGCCAAACCUCAAGAUGGAGAGAAAGGUGGGAACAUUUGACACCUUUGAGUGUAUUAGUUUUAUACCUGCAAAAUUAAGCAUGGCGGCCGGGGCCCUUGGAGUAAACAUAAACAUCCGAAUGAGCAUCCCGAUUCUUUGGCGCACGAUGAAAAGUGAGAAAAGGCCGAGCUUCACCUCGGAUCAACCGAUUAGAACACUUAGGGACACUUUUUACCUCACAAAAAAAACCGAUUAAAUUAACUUAUGGCAACAGAAAAGCCCUUCUACGUCAUUUGUUUGUGCUUUUCUUCUUCAUAUCCUCUUUUUUGUCGGCUUCAUCCAAGAAAAAUGACAAACGCACUCACGCACAGAAAAAAAAAUGUGCGCUCCUCUAUCCGUCUUGGCCAAACCUACCUAUCGAACAUGUCAGUGGCUACAUUUCGUGCAAAGUAAACAUUUUUCUUUCGGAAAAUACUCAAGAAAAGUACUAGUGUUCAUUAAAGUAAUAUUAUGACAAAACACUUCCAUCGACUAAAUAAAACACUUUAUUCAGUUCAUUUUACUUUUUUGUAAUAAUGUACAAUAAAUUACAUGGAAAGGCAUUAUAAAAAAAAGGUGCUGCAAGCCACCAAAUUGAUAUAAUAUUUUGCAAACAAGCCGUAUAGUGAUCGCUGGAUUUGUUUUGCAAAUUAUGUGCAUAUCAAUAAACUUUCUUUAGGUGUUGGGGUCAAUAUAACCCAAAAUGAACCUUCAAAAUGUGAUAACUUUUUAAGUGUUGCACCUAGAAGUUUGGAAUUUCUUGACUUUUCCUCUUUCAUGGAGAGCAACGAUUUAGUACAAAAAAAGUUACGAAUAAUGUGUUAGCGGGUCAAUUUGACCCCGAUUUCGAACUCAAUUUUAAGACACAUUUUCAGUCAAAUCUAUAUGAACUUGUACCCAAAUUGUUAAUAAGAGUUUCAAUUUUCAGUUUCUGGUAAAUAUUAUCGUUUUUGACCAGGUUGGCCUGCGGGAAUCGGUACCGCAUGGGUUCAUGUUUAGCAUACAUAGAUGUAUGCAGAACCGGUUUUUAGUGUUUCCUGAAUUGUCAUUUGAACGAGGUCGUAUUAAUGACCUACACUUGUUUUUUUUGCUACAUUAAGACCUUCCGGAGGAUCUGGAACAUCAGUGAAACUGGCCAUUUCAAGAACCUCGUCCUAGAGUUCUAAGAAUUUUUGGAAUAUCAUUCGCAUAAGUUCGGGAAUUGCAAUCGCAUUAAUUCGUACUUGUGACUGGAACUCUAAUUCGUAUCGUUCCAGAAGAUCCGAAACUGGCUCUCGAAAUCUAUGGUUUCCUCGAAAGUUUUUUUUAGAAUUAUUUUUGCAAAGAAUUUGAAUUUGUGACCGGAACUUUUGUUCCCUAUUGGUGAACUGGCUAAUUCUACACCGGAUCAUCCGAAAGGUCAGUGGGUCUAUGUCCCAGUCACAAGAACGAAUUUAUGUGAAUGACCCUUAUAUACCCUUAUAUGUUUUCGAAAAUAUCUCAGAGCUCUAGGACAAGACUAAUUAUUUGACCAGCUGCGCGGAUGUUCCAGAUCUUCCGGAAAGUCAUUAUGGUACCAAUUUUCCAGUUAUAACUAUGAAGUUAUGCCGAUGCAACAGAUAGAUAGUUGAGUCACAGUGUUAAUAUCUUUUUAGACGAGAUUUUUCAUAAAAUUUCAAGCUUAUUACAAAUGCUUGGGAUCAGCUUCAGUGAUUGACCACAUUGUCACUGGUUCAACAUUAUGAGAUAUACAAUUAUUCCGCCUGAAUCGGAAUCGAAUUCCGGAACGUCCAGAAUCGGUCGUAUCAUGUUCAAUUUUGGUAUAUAUAUUCUUAUUUUUGAUUUGUUUGUGUUUAUUGUUAAUUUUUGUCAAUAAAUCUGUGAUUUAUGAUGGCUGUUCUGCAUACAUCUAUGUAUGCCAAACAUGACCCCAUUCGGCACCGAUUCCGACUGGCCAACCUGGUCAAAAACGGUAAUAUUUACCAGAAACUGAAAAUUGAAACUUUAACAAUUUGGGUACAGGUUCAUACAGAUUUGACUGAAAAUGUGUCUUAAAACUGAGUUCGAAAUCAGGGUCAAUAUGACCCGCUAACACCUUAUUCGUUACAAAAAGCUAACACUUAAAGAAGGUUAAACGCUAGAUGAAAUAAUUGUAAAACUUGUAACCCUAGAAUGCAUUUUACAACCACGAUUUGACAAAAUUCUGGCAAAAAAUUGUCGUUUUUUUGAUAGUUUUAUAGCCACUGAUAAAACUUAGAUUGCACUUGUAGCGUGCUAUAAAAUCUCAAUUGUUACUUGGGUUCAUUUUUAACCCUUUCAUGCCCAACUUUUUUCUAGUGCAUGUAGGGUUUCAAAACUAUUUUUCCUUUAAAACGGUGGGGUCAAAAAACUCUAAAAACCCUUUUUCAUAAGGGCAGGUGCUUUCCUUACAGUGCUAGAAGCUGCUCAAUUUUUACCUUCCAAUGCUUACUACAAUUCUCCAAGAAUAUUUACAAUAGUCUAACUGCGUGGAAAACAUAGCCAAAAUAGUCUAAAUUGACAAGUUUUAUCAGUUUUCACUAACAUUGCAACACAACGAAGUUAUAUGAAAUAUUCAUUUUCCGUCGUCAACGUAAACGGUCCCUGGCAGCACUGCUUCAUCGGAGUUCAAUCAAACUAAUUGCAAUAACUUCAGUUCAAGAGCUGAUCCUUGUAACUGUUAAUACUCAAAUGAAAGCCAAUAGUCACAUUUAUUAGCCUUACUUGUUUUUGUGAGCAAAUCUUGCCUUCAUCAAAAGUUAUAGCUGUUUAAAAACGUUGUUGUCCACAAACAACAUGGGCAUGAAUGGGUUAAUGAAUGUACAAUACUUAUCUCCUUCCAAUCAGACAUGAGUAAAGUUUAUUUACUUUGCUCAAUUGGUCUGCUCAAUACCUCAUUGGCUUCCAACAAUUCGUCUCUCUCUCUCUCUCUCUCUCUCUCCCUAUUCUCUCUGGUUCAACAGACGUCCAUCGUUGGACGGGGAUGCUAAAUUUUUUUCCAUUGUGUCUGUAAAUAAUUUAAAAAAAGUAUGGAAUAGUCUGGAUGGCCUAUUUUUUGUCGAAGCUUCAUUGGUGUAUUUGUUGCAAUUUACUAAUGAAACAUAUUUGUAUGUUAACAAACAUAUCUCGGCUGACAAAUUUAAAUCAAUUUUCAGCAUAGAGCACAUGGAUUAAAUUUCAGUCCCUGAACUUUCAGCAUCUUGGAUUACUGUAACUUCCAGCUGAUGAAAACUUGGCAAAAUUUAUUUACUUUUAGCGAAAAAAUAAUUUUAAAAAAUUGUUUUGAAAAUCGUAGCUCAAAAGGUGGUUUAAAAAUCUGUGAUACAUUCUUGUUACUUAUUUUGUUGUUUUUCAAAUUUCCUGGAUAAAUCUGAACAAAUUUUGUGAAAUCUGGAUCAGAAAAACAUUGCCUAGACAAUGCUGAAAAAUUUGGAAGAAUCCAGAUAAAUCUGGAAGGUUGGCACUCCUGCUCCACCCUUCGUUUUUUUAGUAUUGAUUUAGAUCAAUCAUCACUUGCAUCCCAGUCAUCGGUUUAUUUGUUAGGGUUGCUAGGUCCAAUUUCAAAGCACGACUCAGGACCUGUCAAACGAUAGACUGUUCCUGUGUUAGCCAGCUUGUCAGCCUACUCGUUUUCUUUUAUUCCCAUGUGUGGACUUGGUCACCAAACGCUCGUUGGUAAACUUUGCACACAGCAAGGAAACGGGUGCAAAUUGUACUGUAAAGGCCCCUUUCAUGGACGAACUAGUAUUAAAUGUAAUAGGUUCAAGUCGAUUACACACGAUAAUUUGCAAUGGCUAAGGUGGAUUUGGAUUGAGUUUAACACUACAGUGGUGUUAAUUUAUUUUUAUGCUUGUGUGUGCGUUGGGUUGAGACAAGAAAAAUUCUCAUUCCAAAAUGUUUUCGGCUGCUUAUAGGUACAUAGAGUAUGGAGCCUGUUGGUACACACGUUUCAUAUUUCGGAUAUACGUGGUGCGCUUUUUAUCACUAAGUUAUUUGAACAAGCUUCUGUCGGUAUUUCUAAAGCACGGGCGGACUGAACUGGAUUUUUGCCUACUGAAAAGCGAGUGUAAGUUGUAGAUUUUGCUAGAGUUAUGUUCGAGCAAUUUCAGCUGUGAUUUGUUUUCAAAAAGUUGCGAAGUUAAUCUAUAGCGAUUCUUGUAGUCAACCCCAAAGUAAUACCAUCCGACCUAGAUAAAACACUGAUUGUUAACGCAGGUUUGCAAGCAUUAGUAUUGAAUAUCAAUUAAAUUCCAGCACAGGAUUCUGAAAGUGGAAUUGGAACGUAAACAAUCACAUCCCCAGCAGAGCGUUUUGAUUCAUUAUAUCGAACUGUUUCGGACAUAAACCCUGAUAUAUGCUGCCGUUCUCUUUGUUGCUUCAUUUGAACCACGUUCACAACUGUGUUUUGGAUAUAUAAAUAGUAUUUAGGUUCGAUAGAUUGGGGAAAAUAAUUUCGAGUCAAGUAAUAACCUAAGGAUACGCUCUGGAGUGGUUUAGUUUAAGAUUCUUAAUUUGGACAGUUCCAUUACAUAAAACUGCAGAUUUUAAAAUUAGAGCUACUCUAUCGAGCAGCAACUUGUGCGGGUGUUCUUUUUAUUUUAAAUUCAUGCCACAUCAUACCUUAAGCGUUACUGAACUCAAAAUUAUUUUCCCCCAGUUUAUCCAGUCUGAGUAUCUGUGAUAAUAGAUUAUUUUUCACAAAGUUGCUCUCUUGGCAUUAUUCGACUACAACACUGCACACGAUGAUAUUUUUUGUUCGAAUUUUAUAAAUAACGGUUGAUAUUGUUAUUUACCAAAUUUGUAGAAAAAAUCAUCCCAAACGACUUGCUUGGAGAUUCGGAUGAAAAUGUACGGCACAAGUUAGAAGGGAAAAACUUAACUUCCGAGUUUCAGCAAAAUAAACGUCACCUCUACUGAGAUCUUCGUAAAAGCUUUGUUAGCUGAGUGCUCGGCUGUGUAAAACUCGGUGAAAGUUGCGAAUAAACGGAGAUUCGGUAGAAUAAAAUUAAGUGUGUAAAUGUGAUGAUAAUGUCGUCUGCAUAACCCGUCACUUCUGGUCCCAAACCUUUCAACUCGCUUAGGAGUCCGUCCACUACCAUGAGACCACAGAAGGGGUGACAGUCCUCCACCUUGAGGACCGCCUCUAGCGGUUCUCAUGGUUUUUGUCUUGCCUCCCAAAAAUGCUGUCACAGUUCGGUAGCAUAACAACUCAGUAACCCAUUCGACAAAGGAUCGCAUUAUUCCCUUUGAUUUGGCUGCACGCCGAAUCAAUUGGAAGGCAGUACCGUACAUUUUUCGUUUGGAGGGAAUUUUUAAUCUCUUUGGCAAGAUAUUGUAAUGCCGUAACAGUUAGUUCUUCAGUUCUAAAGAUCCGUACCACAUGUGGUGGAAGCAGUUCCAGCACAGUAUGCAUGAACGCUGGAAAUACUUCAAUGUCCGCGUUAAGGACAGUUAAUGUAAACUGUCCUUAACGCGGCUUACUUAAAUUCACUGUAUCGAGCGAUACCGCUAUAUUGCAUGGAAAUGAAUUAAUUUAGGUGGCAUUUUAUUUCACUGUAUCUGAAGAAUUCGAUAUUUUAGAAGUUGUACGAUGGCUCGAUGAAACCGAUAGUAAUUCAGUUGGUUUAUUACUUACCUUAUUUUUUGAUGAAUCGAGUGUUUCUGACAAAUAUUUAAAAUUAUCACGCCUAACUGAAACCAUUCUCCAACAUAUUGGACAUUUCCUCAAUAGAUAUAACUAGCUACAAAUCAAAGGUCUGACUAACUUCCUGGUUUCGGUCUCGUUGGAAGUAUCUAAAGUUUCGAGUCUGCGGUGAAGAGAGGAGGGCUCUUCAUUCCUGGUAUUACUUUUUCUACCUCUAAUUAUAUCAUAUACCACAAUUACCUUAAAAUAUUAUCCGAAUUGGUUCAAGUUUGAAGUAGAUACUCCUGAAGGGCCGAUGGUGGUCAAUUUUUCAUGCUCCGCAAUAUUUGGACAUGACAGAACCAGAGCUCAGAAAUAUUGAAAUCCCCGGAUAAGCUUGAAAGAGGAAUGAAGUUUAAUUCAUGCUCGGCUCGCUGAAAGAGAUGUUUCGCUUGUUUGCCUUGUCCUUCAUCGCCGUUCUGUGCAACGCAUUCAUUCAGUUAUUUUUGGUUCGAGAAUUCAACGUCAGUUGGAUUUUCUUUCUUUGCUGGCUGUGAGUGGGAUUAUAGAGCAAAACUGUAACAAAAAUGAAUUAAGCUCUUCACUCAUACUCGAAGACGUAAAAGAUCGGCCACUUUCUGCUUUCAAUUUGUGCACAUGAAUCAAAUGGAUGCUUUUGUUGGUAAGCAAAUUUAUAUUUCGUCUGAACUGAAGGCUUCCGAUUCGGUAUAAAACUUCAAUCGGUUUGAAGGUGAAUGAAUGAGGGACGCGUUGAAACUGAAUUCUGGUUUCGGUAAAUUCUCGCAGAAAUAGGCAACUGAAUUUGAGAUUUUGCACCACUGGACAGGACAAAUCUCUAAAAACAACUGAAUUUCGGUAAACUGUCAUCGAAAGCAUGGAAACAAAAUAACUGAAAUAAAUUGGUGUCGAUUGUAGCGGCAACGAGCAGCACCUGCCUACUAUGUAUAUGAAUACAGCAAACUUAAAGAAAUGACAACACAUCAGCAAAACCCAACGUGGUUCAAACUAACAUAUUCACAAAUACAUUUAAAAACAAUGGCGACGUAAACAAAAGUAUGACACAAAAAUGUGGUGGUAAUAAAAGUGCCCCUCGGUAGGCCUGACAGAUCGACGAUUAGUGUUGUAAGACUGCGGGAAUCAAGUGCAAAUCGUAUGAUAAAAUAAGAUGAAAUGAGCUUCCUUCCAUCACAAAUACACACACGCAUACAGCGCAGCAGCGAGACAGAGAUACAUACAUAUACAUAUUGCAAAACAGAGAAUUUAUGCGUAGUAAAAUAACAGUGUCAGAAAAGUGAAAAAUGCGGAAAGCGAGAAUUGUUGAAAAUGGCUGUGUUAAUUCCUUCUUCGUAUUGUUUGUAAGAGAAGUAAGUUUCCUCAUUACUGUUUGUCAAAAUUCAUUAAGUCAUAUAAGAUUUCCCGAAACGUACAUUUUUCUUCGUUUUGUUCGUACUUUUUCGCUCUAGGAAAACAAAACAGUUUUAAAUGAAAACGUUUUUCGAGGUAGCGAAGCAAAAUAUUAAUUAAAAGAGUUCAAGAGACUGUCCAAUUUGUUCGGAAACUGAAUGCCGUCUUGUUUUAGGGGAAAAAAAGUUGAAGUAACUGUAGGCAAGUCAAUAGGUAUUUUUAACCCAAGCUUUUGAAGGAAGCUGUGCACAGUGGUGUGCUAGAAUCGAAGCAAACAUGAAACAGGUUGAAGCUAAGCGGAUGACUUAGCUGGGGUCAUUGUGAGCAUGUAGUAGCAGUAAACGGAAAUAAAAUCAACAAUUAAGUUGAUGGAACUUUUCUCGGCGACCACAACUCAACAAAUCAAAAGAUUACGAGAGCGAGUUUUAAAUUAUGUCUAGUGAUGGAAUAAAGAAAAUAAAUCAAAAAUACAUGAAGAUGAUUACAUUCUCUGUGAUUAAAAAUACGAAAAUAAAAGAAAAAACGAAAAAAUGUUAAGCUGAAAAUCCAACCAUAAAAAUCAUUUGCCUGAUUUAUCUACAAUUCAAAAGAUUCAUUAAUUCUACUUAUGAAGUAAUAAACAAGCGUCGAUGAAAUGAAUUUCGAAAGUGAUCGACAUAUUUUUGCAAAAAAUACAUGAAUUACUAUAUAGUUUUAUAUGAACAUUUAAUUAAGUUAUGAUUCACAUACUGAUUAAUUAUUAGAUUUUAAACCUACAAGCUUCGUGAAGUGACAAAAUAAGAAAGAUACUUCGAUAAAACGUUAAAAAUACUAUGCUAAGUUGGUUUGUGUCUUGGAAUAAAGAAAAAAAAAACAAACAAAAUACCAAUUUUUGUUUUCUUUAUGUUUCAUUUUACGUGCGCUCUCUUCCUCUCUAUCGCGACUGCCACAAUCGGACCAAUGCAGCACACUGUGCAGCCCUGACUCUGUCGAAGCGUACCGAAUGCAAUGACUUCCGUGUGGAAGGCUUCUCCCUCUCUUCCGCACACCUUCACGGCCGAUAAAGUAGUUUGGACAAAACGCAAUUUGCCUUUGUCAACCUCUCUCUGCUUUCUUUUAGAGCUAAAUCACAAGAACAUCCAAGAGACGAGAGGAUUCCAUCUGUAAAACCAACUGAUUGUACGCGCGAACAACACCCCGAAUACUGACUCACUUCGAAAUCCGCUCGGCCACGCUCAUCCCAACUGCGACGACCAGUGACGCUUCCGACUGACUCUCGGGGAGGUUCCCACGUCGAUUGACACACAUCCGACACAGGCGGGGGAAAAAAGUCAAACACAAACCAACUCAAAAACGAGUGGCAGUUAAGAACCGCCAUCCCUGUUUGAUAGACGAAACGACAAUGCGACGACGAACAACCAACAAGCGAAUUGUUUUGCAUUCCUAUCGAUUUAGUUUUGUAACGAGAGCAAGCAUUGUUUGAAGAGAAGUAAAAAACAAUAAAACGAAAUAAACCAAAUUAUCGUUCAAAUUUACCUAUUCAGCAAAUACCCAUUUAAUGAUAACAUGAAUGAAAUCUUUAAUUAUAUUCAACCUAUGACUGUCAAGUGAAAACAGAAACCAUUUUUAUCAAAUGCAACAACAGCAUCAUACUAUCAAACAAAAAUCAAUGUCGAUAAAGCAGAUUUCUGUGUUAAAAAAAAAAAAAAUUUCACUACACUGAAAGCGUCCUCAAUCACAGAUCGAAACCAGAAAGUAAAACACAAUUACAAUGAAAGUAACAAAUAAACAAACAAAGCAUCAUACUGUCUGUAUGUUGAGGUAACCAUAGAGAAAACAAAAAUCAAGCAAAAAGUAAAUUGCGAAUCAACAAAAAAAAACAACAACAACACAUACUGUAUUACUCUCUAACUACCGCUAUAUCAGUGAGUUGGAAUGAAAACAAAGCAAACCAACAGAAAAAAAAUCUUAUUAUUAAUCAAGAAAAAAUGUAUAUCGAGAGGGACACAUCUUUUGAGGGUGCCGGGUCAUCAGGACCCGGCACGAGUUGAGUUUUCGAAAGUUUUUGAAAACAGUUGUUGAGUGUUAUCGGAUGCGGAGAGCGAGAGACAGUAAAUAUAAAAUCUUAAAGUAGCCUAGGGAAAAGGGAAUCAAAAGAUGUGUUCGUUUGCAAAAUAAGACGAUAAAAAAAAGAAUGAAAGAAUGUGUCAUGUAAUGAGUAAUUUAAUUUACGAUAUGUGAAAUAAAGUGAACAAUAAAGUUUUUUUUUUCGAAUGAUUACAAAUAAAUCAUAAAACCAAA